UUUGAUAAAUUUAAUGUCUCAUCAACAUGCAGUGGCAGCGAGUUGAGUAAAAUUUAAAUUAAAUUUUGAAUUUUCUGUUCAAAUUAAGUGCAAUCAACGGAAAAUAACGGCUCAAAUGAAAUUUGAAACAGCAGGGAGAGUGUCGUGCAUACAUAUAUAUUGAUUAGCUGUGACCGCUUUGCCCGUGAAGCCGAGAGUUCAUUCCCAUUUGUUAUAGCACCGGAGAAAUUUUCAUUUUGUUUUGCCCUGCUGUGUGUGGGGCGCGGAAUCAAAACAAAGCACCUUCGGACUAACGCCAGUUUAAAGAAAACAAGAAGCCAACAAUAUGGAUACUUCCGAUGGCAAUUUGGAAUUCCUCGAUGACAACACUCCCCUGCCCGAGCUGAGUUUCGAAGAUUUAAUAGAACCCACGGCGGAAAAGGGCGGUCAGCACAUGGACAACGAUGCGAGGGGCUCGGAUGACAAUGUCGUCGACAGGGAGGAUGAGUCCCUGAAUACACCACAGUUUAAAAAAACCGUUUUUCAGGAAAAACGACAAACUCCCGGAGUGACCGUUCUCAAAUCGCAUGCUAUUAAAGUGGUCACAGCAGGGUCAGCAUCCACGGUUGGUAGUGGAGCAGGAACCACCUCUUUAAAUCCAAACAAACCGCUAAUAACGGACGUUAAGAUCCUCAACAAGUUAAAACCAAUCGUUACCAGCAAUACACUCAAAAUAGGAAACACUACUAUUGCGUCCACAUCCACUGCUGCCGGGACAUCCAAAGCUCUGAGUAGCAUGACACAAAUCAAGACACCUGACGGAAGGGUGCUUUUUGUCCAGAAGUCUAUACCCGGCACACCGCCUUCGUCCACAAAAACAUUGGUGACCGGAUCACCAACCGGAAGCAUUCGCCGCAUUGUGGCUCCGGCGGGAAUUCAAAAGGCAGUUCUCUCCAAAGGCGUGGCCGUGGCGGGAACGGGUCUGGUUAAAGCUGCAGUGCCGGGACGCCCGUCAAACUCGGCCAUUACCCUCAAGGGUAUUACUUCCGUGACUCAAGGAAGCAGUGUGAAGCCAUCGCCCUCAUCUACAGCCUCUUCCUCAACGCCAGGAUCACCCGCCAAAUUCCAAGUUGUCCGCACGACUGAUGGGAAGAUCAUAAAAAUCAAUCAAUCGAGUCCAUCAGUGUUGCUGAAUGCCAAGCCGCAGGCGACAGUGGCGGCAGGGGCUCCAUCUGUUAAGCCCACCACUGCCAAUGUGGUGAUCAGUAAAUCAGGCAGUCAAGUGGUGCUUAAAGCGACUCCUGCACCAAAACCAGUGGUGACUGGCAGUCCAACGACUCCCACGACUCCGAGCAAAAUGGUGGUCCAGAGUGGAGGCAAACAAAUCUUGGUGUCCAGUAAAAACAUUAUCAAGUUGUCACCAAAGUCGUCUGCCACCACCACAGCUUCUGCCUCGGGUAGUGCGUCUGUGAGUGGAUUGCAUGCCAUUCAGUUGCCGGGAAAGGGUGGAGUCCAGUAUGUACGGGUUCUGUCCAACAACAAGGGUGCCGUCGGGGCCACGACAGCUACGACAGCGAAGCCCACUCCUAGCGGGCAGAAGAUCACCUUAUUAAGAUCGCCGUCUGGAGCAACUGCAACCUCUACCACCACAAUCUCGACUUCUCAUGCAGCUACUUCGGUAGCUGGAAGCAAGGCAGGUCCUAGCCCGGCCAGCAAAAUUGUUGUGAAGUCCACGGGAGGCAGUAUUGUGCCCUUGCCCUCCGUGCAGACGUUCGUCUCCAAGCGUGCGCUGAGCGCCAACUCCACUGCAACCAAGUCAUCAGCGACUGAGGUGAACACGGAACCCAUCCGAAAGCACCGGCUCACAGAUCUCAACACACAGUUAAAGCAGACGACCACUGGCAGCGAUGUCAACGAAGCCAGCGACUCGGGUCCGGAGGCCAAAAAGCCGCGCUACGUAAUUACCAUGCAGCAGGGGAAACCCCAGCUGCAGUCUUCUACGCAAUCGGGGACGAAUCUCGCUGGACGCUCGCCCGAGAAAGAAAGUCCCAGUCCCCCGAAGAAGAUAUACAAUGUUAUCAAAUCGGCGGGCGGCAAUGGGGUGAAGUACAUGAUUCGCAAUCCGCAGACAAUGACACAUGCCAUGCGACGUGGGUACACGGGGUAUAUGGACAACAAAAUGCGAACGUCCCUGGCGGCCACCAAGCAACGUCUAAGCCAAGUCAAUCCUCAGCAGAAGAAGCAGCUGCAAGUUCAGGCGCAGGCCAAGCAAAGGAUCAGGCAGCAGCAGCUGCAGAACCAGCAGCAGGCCAAGGCACCCGACUCUAGUUCACAAACGCUACCAACGCAAGGUACGCAAUACCUGAAGGUUUUGGGACCCACUCAGCCGCUGUACGACACUUUGAAGCCACCGGCCAGCGGAACAGGAGCGGCCGCCGAAGCGUUGAGUGGAAUAGGGGCGUCUCGAAGAAAGCAUUGUAACUGUAGCAAGUCCCAGUGUCUGAAGCUGUAUUGCGACUGCUUUGCCAAUGGAGAGUUCUGCCAGAACUGCACCUGCAAGGACUGCUUCAACAAUCUUGACUACGAGGUGGAGCGAGAGCGAGCCAUUCGGAGUUGUUUGGACCGUAAUCCAAGCGCCUUCAAACCCAAAAUUACGGCCCCCAACUCGGGGGAUAUGCGACUGCAUAACAAAGGUUGCAACUGUAAGAGAUCAGGCUGCCUUAAAAAUUAUUGUGAAUGCUACGAGGCAAAGAUUCCUUGCACCAGCAUAUGCAAAUGCGUGGGUUGUCGCAAUAUGGAGGAUCGUCCGGAUGUUGACAUGGACUCUUUGGACGGUGUGGUGGGUGCGGAGACUCCAAGCAAAGCCAAAGGUUCCAAGGACAAAAAGAAGAUCGAAAAUCGUUCGAAUCUCUAUCUCACGAACGACGUGAUCGAGGCCACCAUUAUGUGCAUGAUAUCGCGAAUAGUGAUGCAUGAAAAACAGAAUUUACCCAUCGAGGACACGGAGCGCGAGGUGAUGGAGGAGCUGGGCGAAAGUCUGAACCAAAUUAUUUCGUUCGCCAAGGAGAAGCACGACACCUCCCAGCUGGAUGACUCCAAGGCGACUGCUUAGGGUUGCCCAUGAAUGCAUGCACUCGAAUCGCACCCGAAUCCUAGUGUUUUAGAUACACAAUUACGGAAUUAGUUUAAGGUUUAAAACGUUCUUGACAUUUUACACUAUCCCUAUUUUUGUGGCUUUCUAAAAGUUGACCUUAUCUUGAACAAUCUACCCAUAUACAAAAUGUAUAUACCAUACAUAGCAAAUUUGAGAAUUAGGACUACUAUAUAUUGUGUACGUAUAUAUAUAUAUAUGCCGGACUUUACCGGGGCUGCGUAAUACCAAUUGAUUAAGUUUGAAACAUAUUCUUUUGAAUUCGAUGUAAAUAUUAAGCGAGACCACCCAAUAAAGUUUUAAUUUAAAUUGUA